UAUGGUUUUGUCAAGUGAGCAACAAAAAAGCUUGCUCAUUUCGUAUUGUUAAGUGUUGCUAUCAUAUCCCAUACAGUCCUUUCUUUUCUUUUGUUUGCUUCAAAGCCCUUUAUGGCCGUUUACAAGCACAUGAUAACUUUGUUCGUACAGUCAGAGUAAAAAACCAUCUUUUUCUGAGUCUCCCUCUCUCUACAGAUGUCACAGUCACCUCUGUCACGGAUUUGGGUACAGACUCGCAGACGAUUCACUCAAUUUCUCUCUCUCUCUCUCUCUCUCUCUCUCUCUCUCUCUGGGUUUUAAUUCAAAAAGCGAAGUUGGUUACCAUUGUCUUGUACGUUCGUAUAUUCCCGAUAUGAUUUGUUUUGACAGAGCAACUGCUGUGUAUAUAUGCCAAACAUAUCUCCAUCUCUCUCUCCUUACAUCAAUUUAUAAGUAAGACCAAAAGAGAUCAUAAAAAUCCAGGCUUUUUGUUUGGCUCUCCUUCUUGUUGCAGAAGAAGAGUGAGUGAGAGGAAGAUAUGAUGAUGAGAGCUGGUGAGAGAGUGAAGGAGUUUCUUCGACCCUUCGUCGAUUCCAAAACUUGGGACUUGUGUGUUAUCUGGAAGCUCGGUGAUGAUCCUUCCAGGUUUAUCGAAUGGGUGGGAUGCUGCUGCAGUGGUAGUUAUGUUGAUAAGAACAUUAAGCUUGAAAACUCAGAAGGAACUGCUAGAGAAAAGAAAGGUUCUUUCUGUAGAGAUGAACACAACAAGCAUCAUAUGAGAACCCUAGCUUGUGAAGCUCUUUCUCAUUUUCCACUCUUCAUGCCUCUCUAUCCUGGGAUUCAUGGAGAAGUAGUGAUGUCAAAAUCUCCCAAAUGGUUGGUUAAUUCAGGUCCUGGACUUAAAAAGGACAUGUUCAACACACGGGUUCUUGUUCCUGUGAGUGAUGGUCUUAUUGAGCUGUUCUCCUUCAAAAUGAAACCAUUUGAUGGACCCAUGGUUGAUAUGAUCAUAUCGCGUUGUAACGCCUUCUUUGAACCAUUCCCUGAAGAAAAGCUGCAAAUCAGGAUCAUUCCUAGAGCAGAGGAAUCUAUCAGUAGCGGUGUGAAUCUCAGCUUUGAAGGUGGCGGCUCAUCUAGUGUUUCCAAUCACUCCAGCGAAACUCAGAAUCUUUUUGGAAAUCAGCCGAAUGCUCGUUGUGUGGAAAUUUUCAGGGAAGAACAAGCGCCAUGUUUGGUAAUGAACAAGGAGGAUCCCGUGGUGCAAAAGGCCGUCGAUUUCAAAGCUAAUAAGAGGCUUCCUAAGGAAAACUUCAAAUCAAAGAAUCUUCUUUCAGAGAGAAAAAGAAGAGAUAGAAUUAAUCAGGCCAUGUAUGCUCUAAGAGCCGUUGUCCCUAAAAUCACAAAGAUGAACAAAAUUGGAAUUUUCACUGAUGCGGUUGAUUACAUCAAUGAACUGCUAGUGGAGAAGAAGAAGCUUGAAGAUGAGCUUAAAGGAAUCAACGAGAAGGAAUGCAAAGAAAUCGCUGCAGAGGAAGAAUCUGCAAUAGCUGAUCCAGAAGCUGAGAAACGUGCCUCUAAACUCAACAAAAAAAUGAAGAAAAACGAGGUGAAUCUUGAAGUUCAUGAGAUUGGUGAGCGAGAUUUCUUGAUUCGGGUAGUGCAGGAGCAUAAACGAGAUGGAUUUAAGAGAUUAAUAGAAGCUGUGGACUCAUGUGGACUUGAGAUCAUCGACGUCAACUUCACCAGACUUGAUCUCACAGUCAAGACAGUUCUCAAUGUCAAGGCGGACAAAGAUGGGAUUGCAUCUGGAGAUCUGAGAGAUUCGCUGCUCAAGAUAAUGAUAAAUCAGACAAUCGAUAUGAAAAGUCCAUAAAACUUAGUCGUACAUAACCCAAAAAAAAAAAAACAGAAAAAUGUCAAAUGUUUUGUUUGCGUCAGCCGCAAGUUACUACUGUGAUUUGAUUCUCACAAGCUUUUUUGGUGACGAAUUUACAUGUUGAAACUAUAAGUUCUUCUGGGUAUUGGAAUUUGAGUUCGUUUAA